AUGCGAUCCAAGACAAGUUUCCGGCUUGAUAAGGAUAAGAUACGUGCUAAAAUUGAACAAGAGUUGAAGGGAAAAGAUAGUCUUGUAAAUAUUAAUUUCCCCGCUGAAGAUCUUCGUGACAUUGGCGUACGUCAAGCUAUUCAUGACGCCUUUAAAGCUGAAAGAAUCGGGGAUAGCUUAUUUAUCAAGUGUGAUGUCAACAAUAGAGACCUACGAUCUGAUGUGGGUGUGUGGUUCCAACAACCAUCUCAUGACGAAAGAUUCAGGCCUAUUAUCCAUCCAUGUCCACCUCCUAAUGUGUGGAUUAAGGUAUGCUUCAAUAACGCCAAAGACCGAAAUUAUAUGCUGAAUAAGAUUAAUUGGCUUCAGCAAAAUACAACUGGCAUUGAAUUUGUAGCAAUAAUCAUUCCUUCUGGAAUAAUUCCUUCCAAUCCUAAUCCUCAAAUAUCCACAACUCAUGCAACUAUUGAACAAACACGACCUACAAGAGCUCCAUACAUUUGUCAUAGUCAUUGGGAUGCAAAUAAUUAUGAAAACUGGUACAAAAUGGAUUGGAACCAACAUAUUACUCUUAGAUGUGGUUUAAUGAUAGACUUUAAUAUUGUGCUUACUGAGCUGUCGUACUAG